AUGCGUGAGCUCAACGUCAACGGUGAUGGGUUUCAAUCCUCUUCGAGAACGCGGUGGGUAGCUACAACGAACUACGAUCUACAAGACUUAAAGGGGGAACAUCAGUCCGAGGAGGGGAAGAGCGACGUAGUGAACAAGGCCGGUGAAGACCCAGGAGCUCGAGGAGAUCGUUCCAAGGCAGCUAAGAUGAAGUAUCUUCUGGUUGCAAAGUUCACCUUGCCGAAGUCCUAUGUCACAGGUGAGUUUGUACCUCGGAUGAUAGCGGCGUUUGGUGCAAAGGUCUUGGUGAAGAAGAGGAGGUAUGCGGCUUCAGGAGCUUUGAUCCGAUUGGAAUUUGAUGAACGAUGGGCCGAAGGAGUGUAUUUGGGUCUUUCUGAUCAGCUUGCGGACGGACAUUUGGUCUACGUCGACGGAAUCUUCACUCACACAAAGAAUGUGAGGGACAAGGCCAAGUUGGUGGACGCAGAAGUGGAAGUACCUGAUGAUCACGGAAGGGAACAAGGUGACGAGCUCGAGCCGCGGGCUAAAAGAAGGAUCGUCGGAAAAUCGGCGCCACGAGUUGCAGUGAUGGAGCGCAGUUCGGAGUUUGGGAUAUAUGAAGACGAUCUUCCCAGCGACGAAGAGGAGCUCUGCGAUGAUGAGGACCUGGGUGAUGGCACGCAGGAAGUGAUGAGUGAGGAGUGUCCAGUUCCUCGGGUAGCUGUUUUGGGUUCCAAUAGAGGCGAAACACAAGAUGGUCAUGGAGACUCGAUGGACCCGGAGGACUAUGCCAGGGAGAUCAUCUACAACGAAGACAAUGUCGAUGAAGGA